GAGAUAAAAAAAAAGGAAAAUCUUUCCAGAAGGAAAAAACAAUUCAGUAUAACUUCUUUUAAAAAUACCAUAUGUUAUAUUUUUAGUACACAUUUUUAAAACAUUCCCUUUAGGCUUUAUCAAAAAAUUUUUUUUGUUUUUAAAUUAAUAGUAAUAGUUCAAUGGAGGAUAUUAGGGUAGAGGAUGUUGAAGAAAGGAAAAAACGCUUCCUGGCGUUUCAAGCGAAAUGGAUUGCACUGUAUGGCCUUGCUUCUCAAUUCGGCUUGAAGGAGAGCGCCGGAGGGUUUAAGAAUAACGCUUUCAGGUUUAGUUAUCGUUUCCUCCAGUUCAUGUUCAUCUUCCUCGUCCUUCUCCUGUACUUCUUGGGCGCCGAGAGGCUGUGCUUGUGCGACGGCAAGGUGUUCCGGCUCACCGUCAAACUCCUCCUCGUCGCCGUCACUCUCAACCUACUGGCGAGUUUCAUAAUCGUGAUGAGAAUGAAGAAAAAAGCUUGAACACGAUGAAAAAUUUGGAAGUUGCCAAGGGGCAAACUGCCAGUGUGUGAAUUGCAACUGCGGUUCUAAUUGUUCAUGCAGCUGCGGCAAGAAGAACUGACCCCGUGGAAAGAUCGGCGAAACUGGCGGAGAUAAAUACAUGAUAUUUGAUUGAUUUUUU